AUGGCGCCAUGCGAUGCUGUCCGGCGUCGCGUGGUCCUUUUCCCGCUGCCCUACCUUGGCCACAUGAUCCCCAUGCUCCGGCUUGCCGCGGCGCUGCACGCCAGCGGCCACGCUAUCACUGUGCUCCACACGGAACUCCACGCGCCGGACCCGGCGUGCUACCCUGCGGACUACCGCUUCGUGGCCGUGCCCGCCCCCGACCUCCCCGCGGCAACCGAGGACAUCGCGGCGUUCCUGGUGGCGCUCAACGCGUCCUGCGCGGCCGCCUUCAAGGACCGGCUGGCCGCGCUGCUCGCCGGGGGGAGCGUCCGCUGCGUGGUCACCGACGUGGUGUGGUUCUCGGCGCAGGCGGCAGCGAGGGACCUCGGCGUGCCGGCGCUGGCGCUCAUGACGAGCAGCGCGGCCAGCUUCCGGACCUUCAUGGCCUACCGGGCGCUGCUCGCCAAGGGCCACCUGCCAUACGACGAGGCGCGGGGGAACGCUCCCGUGGAGGAGCUGCCGCCGUUCCGGGUGAGAGACCUGCAGCGGAUCGACGCGAGCAGCCUCGACACCUUCGCCGACCUGCUCGAGCGGUUCGUCGACGCAGCUAGGCGGUCGUCAGGCCUCAUCGUCAACACCUUCGACGCGAUCGAGGGGCCCGAGGUCGGCUACAUCCGCGACGGCCUUUCCUUGCCGGUGUUCCCCGUCGGCUCCCUGAACAGAUUCUCGCCGCCACCACCACCGCCGCCCCAAGACGGCUCCCCAUGCUGCCUCGACUGGCUGGACAACCAGUCGCCGGGAUCCGUCCUGUUCGUCAGCCUCGGGACCGUCGCCAGCGUCGACGCGCACGAGCUAGCGGAGCUGGCCUGGGCAUUAGCCGACGCCGGCCGUCCGUUCGUGUGGGUGGUCCGGCCAGGCAUGGUCCGCGGGCGUCCAUCGUGCUCGCUCGAGCUGCCCGGCGGCCUGGCUGAGCAGAUAGGCGACCGAGGGAUGGUCGUCCCUUGGACCCCUCAGGAGAAGGUGCUCGGCCACGCCGCCGUGGGCGCCUUCCUGACGCACAGCGGGUGGAACUCGACGGUGGAGGCGCUGUCGGAGGGCGUGCCGAUGGCCUGCCUGCCGUGCUUCGGCGACCAGUUCGAGACGGCGAGGUACGCGUGCGACGUGUGGAAGGUGGGUGUGGAGGUGGGGAGGCUCCAGCGGGGGGCCGUCCGGGCUGCCAUCGACAGGUUGAUGGGCCCUGGCAUUGAAGGGGAGGAGAUCAGACAGAGGGCCCGAGAUCUCAAGGGCAAGGUCGGACAGUGCAUUGGAGAAGGGGGCUCCUCUCACAUGGCGCUGCUCGGCUUGCUGGAACGAAUUGCUUCAUUCUGA